AUGGCUUCUCUGUUCUUCUCCACUCCGGUCGAUAUCGACGUCGUUCUUGAAGACCUCGAUGAGCGCCAGACCGUCGAUGUCAAGCUCGACAAAGGUCGUCGGGAGCGGGUUCCCCUUUACAUGGACGGGGAAUCCGUCAAGGGCGCCGUGACGAUUAGGCCCAAGGAUGGCAAGCGGUUGGAGCACACGGGAAUCAAAGUCCAAUUCAUCGGCACUAUUGAAAUGUUCUACGAUCGAGGCAACCACUACGAAUUUCUAUCGCUGGUACAAGAGCUCGCGGCCCCGGGCGAGCUGCUUCACCCGCAGACCUUCCCCUUCAAUUUCAAGAAUGUCGAAAAGCAAUACGAGUCAUACAAUGGGAUCAAUGUGAAGCUGCGCUACUUCGUGCGCGUCACCGUCUCUCGCCGGAUGGCCGACGUCAUCCGCGAGAAGGAUCUUUGGGUGUACUCGUACCGCAUGCCGCCGGAGACGAACAGCCCGAUCAAGAUGGAUGUUGGGAUCGAAGACUGCCUGCAUAUUGAAUUCGAGUACUCCAAGUCUAAGUAUCACCUCAAGGAUGUGAUUGUUGGCCGCAUCUACUUCUUACUCGUGCGACUGAAAAUCAAACAUAUGGAGCUAUCCAUUAUUCGACGGGAGACAACUGGUUCCCCUCCCAAUCAAUAUAAUGAGAGCGAGACUUUGGUGCGCUUCGAGAUAAUGGAUGGAUCACCUUCUCGGGGUGAAACGAUCCCAAUCCGUCUCUUCCUGGGCGGAUUCGACCUGACUCCUACAUUCCGCGAUGUUAAUAAGAAGUAUUCCACACGAUACUACCUCAGCCUGGUGCUGAUUGAUGAAGACGCUCGUCGUUACUUCAAGCAAUCCGAGAUUGCGCUCUACCGACAAGCACCGGAGAUUGCCGCGACGCCACAGAUCGCUCAUCAACAGCAAAUCCAGCAGCAGGUCCUCCAGCAGCAACAGCAACAGGCUCUGCCUCCAGGAUCAGCGACCGCUGGUCCAGGGCGGGAAAUCACGUCGACGGCUCGUCAGCAGAAUAAUGUCUCAGCACCCGCGCCGGCCCCGGUGCCUGCAGCAACUGCAUGA